AUGCCAAGAGCCGCCAAUCUAAUCGGGAUUUGCAGAAAUCACAAGUCGGAAUUUGCAGACCCAAGAAUUCUUUUUUCCAGAGUAAACAAUCUUUACACCAAAACCAAAACAAGUCAUCACCACGAAACAGUCCUUCCCUACUCGCCUUCUCGCCAAAGUUACCUAGCAAAUCUCGCACUUAAUAUUCUGAGGUCUGGGAGCCGGGACCCAUCCUCCAGGACUCCGGGGCCGGCCGACGCGCUCCGGGGUCCCGGCUCGCGGACACACGCCAGCGCUCGGCCCCGCGCCCGCCCGCCGACCGCCGGCCCGGGCCCCGCGCCCUCACCUGCUCCCGCUCCCGCAUCCUCGGGGCCGCGCGCCCCGUUCAGCGGCCCGCCUCCCGGGGCCCCGCCGCGCGGCCGCUGCAGCCGCGCCCGCACGCCAGCCCGCGCCGCGGCGCGCUCAUGGGGCUCGCGCGCCUCACUUCCUGUCUCCCCGAACUCGGCCCGCAGAGCAUUCCCCCGCGCAGGGUCCCGCGGCGGCCGCGGCGAGGGGAGAGGCCCGGAGAAGGGACACGCCGGCCGGCAGCGCCGCACAAAGAAACCGGCCGGGGGCCGGGGCAGCAGGAAGGCGGGCGGACGGGCACAGGACGCGCGGCCGGAGCAGCAGAGCGGCCGGGGCCGGGCGUCCCUCCCCCUGGGCCGGGCGGGCGGAUCCGGGGAGGCGGUGGCUGCCCGUGACCUCAGAGAGUUGGAAUGCGGGCGGCGGAGGCGCGGACAGCUGCGCCCGGCCGCCGGGGAGGGGGCGCGCCGCGGCUUUUUUUAA